AUGUCAAGCAAUGAAAUUAAUAAUAAUUCCGAUGUCAAGAGACGUCGAGUAGCUAGAGCGUGUGAUGGUUGUAGAAGGAAAAAAAUUCGUUGUGAUGGAGCUCAACCUGGUUCUGAUCCACCACUUGGUCAUUUGGCAAUUGAUGGAAAAGGUCAUACAAGAUAUAUUGGAGAUAGUUCUAAUUUACUUAUGCUUAAAUAUACUAAAAAUAUUACGCGUGAUCAAAUCAUUGUCAUUCCUCGUGAAGAAUUUUUUCAUCCUAAAAGUGAGAAAACAAGUAAAGAAGAAGAAGAAAAUAUUAGAUUAGAACUUCCACCUAAAGAAAUAAGUGAUAAAUUAUUAGAAAUUUAUUGGAAAGAUAUGUAUUUUUAUAUGCCAAUAAUUGAUAAACAAGAUUUAAUGGAAAAAUACAAUAGAAAAGAAUUAAAUCGUUAUCAAACAAUACUUUUAUAUGCAAUUUUAGCGAUUACAUUAAAGUAUAAUAAUUUUGGUGAAGAUCCAAACAAUACAGAAGAUGAAAAAUAUUUUGAACGAGCUAAAGAAUUACUUAAAGAAGAAUUUGAACAUGCGACUUUACCAAUUAUUCAAGCCAUUUUAUUAUUAGCUCUUCAUCAACUUGGUAAAAAGAAUUCACGUCCAUGGAUUUAUAUAGGUUUAGCGAUACGACUUGCACAAGAUAUGGGAAUACAUCGAGAUUCGGCGAAUUGGAAACUUGAUGAAAAAGAAGCCGAAAUUAGAAGACGAACUUGGUGGGCAUGCAUUAUAAUUGAUAGUUUUAUUAGUGCAACAUUAGUAAAAUUAGAUGAAGAACUUAAUGAAUGGCGUGAUAAUUUACCUAUUCAAUUUAAAUAUGAUAAUAUAAAUAGAAAUCCAUCAUUAAAUAAUUCAAUCAUAUUUAUUCAUUUAUUAUAUUAUACAACUCAAAUUCUUUUACAUCCCACUAAUAUAACACAUAUUUAUUAUCGUGGUGUUAAAAACAUGGAAAAAAUCAAACCUGCUUGGUGUUAUGGAAUUUUUUUUUUCUACACAGCAAUUUCAAUUCACGUUAUUAAUAUUUUAAGUGAAGAUGAAAGAUUUAAAGAAAUAGCAAAACAAGGUCUUAGAAUGACAAUAAAAUGUUUUGAACCAUUAUUAUCAUUAUCGAAUGGACCAACAGAAAAAUAUGAAUCUAAUAUCGGUUCAAAAAUUGAUUUAUUAGAAAUUCCUC